AUGAACCCGCCUGAUCCCUCAUCCAUACGAAGUCUCUGUCAAAACAUAAAGCUGGCCUUGGAGAUGAUGUCUGAUGUAACAAUAUCAGAGACCAAUCGGAGAGCUAUACCUUGGUUGCUGUGGGCAAUUUGGAAAAAUCGCAACUCCAUCAUCUAUGCUGGGACUCAAAUUUCUACAGAGGUUCUAGCUCGUCAAGCUGUUGAGGAAGCUACAAUUUGGACGGAGGUAAACAGCUCUACUACGACUCUAUCCUCCCUUUCUCCGGCUUUGGUUAUUGCACCUCGUUGGUCUCCUCCAAGGACUGGCUUUGUCAAAUGCAAUGUCAAUGCGAACUGGAGAAACUCAUCGUCUCUGUAUGGCGAAGCAUGGAUAACUAGAGAUCACGAAGGUACAGUACUACACCAUGCUAGAGAUGCUUUCACAUGUGCUCCGAAUAGGCUAACGGCAUAG